AUGCAACACAACGAUAACAUUGUAGGGAAGGACAUAACAAAGAAACGUUUGCUGAGGAGAAAUAGUGCUCCAUCAGCAAUACAUAUUAUUUCACAAUUGGACAGAAAAUGGUGUUUCCUAUGGAAAACUAUAGAUAGGCACAACAUCAAUGAUGAACAAGAUAGGAGGUGUGAUACAGAUACUGAAGAAGAAAAGGAAGAUGAUUACGAAUUGGAGCAAUUGCUAAACAUGGUAAGGAUACCGGUGUUCUUGGAAAAAUUCAUGCUAUUUGCUCUUUUAGCCAGCCUAGAUUGUUUCCUUUAUUACUUUACUGUAUUACCGAUACGGCUGAUAAAGGGAUAUGUAAAGCAGUUUAAGAGUUACCGCCAGCAUUAUCGCCUUCAGCAGAGGUCUGGGCACAAACAUAUCAUAUCUUUUCGAUACAUAAUAACUUCAAGGGAGUAUAAAGAAAGAUGUAUGAUUUUUAUCAUAAUGACUUCAUCCAUUCUCUUAAGCAAGUUAGACACAUCAAAGCUGUAUCAUAGAAUAAAACGGCAAAGCGCUAUGAAACUGUAUAUGCUUUUCAGUGUACUGGAAAUGGCGGACAAAAUGUUGGCAAGCUUGGGUCAAAGUUUGUUAAUCGUUUUGCUUUCUAGAAGGAACUCUCAACGGAUACUACUGCACAAGUUCUUAUUGGUAUCAAUGAGCUUGAUGUAUGUGACUAUACACGGUUACGUAUUGGUUUACCAGGCAAUUUCCCUGAAUAUAGCAGUGAACUCCUAUUCUAAUGCCUUGCUAACUUUAUUACUAUCUAUGCAGUUUGCAGAGAUUAAAUCAUCCGUACUGAAAAAAUUUGAUAAAGAAGGAUUCUUUCAAAUUACUAUUGCAGACGUGGUAGAGAGAUUCAAGUUGACACUAUUAUUGUCAAUAAUUGGUCUUAGAAACCUCCAGUCAUGGACAUCCUCACUAUCGAACACAAAUAUUAAAUUUUGGAGUCCACGUUCUACACUGUCAGUCGUCAUCAAUAUUCUCUGUGGGCCAAUGGUCAGCGUAGUAGGGAGUGAAGUAAUAGUGGAUUGGGCCAAGCAUGCCUAUAUCACAAAAUUUAAUCGCAUUCGCCCACAGAUAUAUGAUAAGUUCUAUUAUAUAAUACACAGAGAUUAUUCCACCAGAACGCACAAAUUAGAAGAUAGACUAGGAUUGCCUUUACCUGCGUUUGUUGUUCUCUUCAUUGUCAUGGUUAGACCAACACUUUUCAAAUCCCCAGAAUCUUCCUACCUUCCAUUAUUAUUCAGGAUCUUCUUCAUAGGGGCAUCAGUGUUUUUUCUAGCCUUGCUGACAAAAUUCAUACUGGAUCUUAUUUUAAUUAAGUGGGGCAGGCAUAUAGAGCAACGAUCCAGAGACCAAAUUCUCAACACCGCUGUGACCGAAAAAGAAUACGUACCAGGUCUACUCUCAGGCGGUAUGGGUAAGGUUGACUUCGCUACAAGAAAUACAUUACAUUGUGACUACAAUAAAGAGAAUCAAAUAGAAAUCCAACGAACAUCGCCUACCCAGAAAAGAGAGAAUCCUUUGGCUGCUCGAUGUAUCCCCCCCAGUUUAAAUGAGAUUAGAAGACAGAAGGAUGCCAAGAGCCCGCGAUCGCUUGAGAAUGUUGCUCGCUAUAAAAUGGUGUCUAAGAGAAUAUGGUAA